GAACGUUUAAUCCAAGAAAAAUUGAACUUCAGUUAAAAAUGUCUGGAGUAACUCACAUAAAUAAAGAUGAAUCAAACUUUGUUCACGUGCAGGAACUGAACGAAAGACUCUCCCAAUAUGAAAUGUCUGCAUCCCAGCUGAACCAGAACAAGAAGAAGCUGGAGGGAGACAUCAGCGCACUGAAGAAGGAAAUUGAGGAUCUUCAGCUCGCUCUUCAGAAGGCUGAACAAGAUAAGUCUACCAAAGAUCACCAGAUCAGAAACCUGAAUGAUGAGAUAGCCCAUCAAGACGAAUUAAUCAACAAACUUAACAAGGAAAAGAAACACUUACAGGAAGUUAACCAGAAAACAUCUGAAGAUCUACAGGGUUCCGAAGAUAAAGUAAAUCAUCUCAACAAAGUGAAGGCUAAACUGGAACAGACCCUUGACGAGCUGGAAGACAACCUUGAGAGGGAGAAGAAGCUCAGAGGAGAUGUGGAGAAGAACAGGAGGAAAGUCGAAGGUGACCUUAAACUCGCCCAGGAAGCUAUAAUGGACUUGGAGAAGAACAAGAAGGAAAUGGAACAAGCACUCCAAAGGAAAGAGAAGGAAACGGCCAGCAUUGCUUCAAAACUGGAAGAUGAACAAAGUUUAGUUGCCAAACUCCAAAAACAGAUCAAAGAACUCCAGGCAAGGAUAGAAGAGCUCGAAGAAGAACUCGAGGCCGAGAGACAAGCCAGGGCCAAGGCUGAAAAACAGAGGGCUGACCUCAGUCGGGAACUUGAGGAACUAAGUGAGCGGUUGGACGAAGCUGGUGGCGCCACCUCUUCUCAGAUCGAGCUGAACAAAAAGCGGGAAGCUGAGCUGGCCAAAUUGAAGCGUGAUCUCGAAGAGUCCAGUAUUCAGCAUGAACAAGUACUCUCAAACCUCAGGAAGAAAAAUAACGACACAAUAGCCGAGCUAAGUGAACAGAUUGACCACCUUAACAAGCAGAAAGCCAAGGUGGAGAAAGAAAGGGCACAGAUGAAGGGCGAGUUGGACGACUUGCGGGCCAGCGUCGACCACGUCAACAAAGAAAAGGCAAAUUCCGAGAAGAACCUGAAACAGAUGGAAGUCCAACUCCAAGAUGCCCAAUAUAAAUUGGACGAAGCCCACCGUUCUCUAGGAGACUUCGAUUCUGUCAAAAAGAAAUUAAGUACUGAAUGUGGCGACCUCCAGAGGCAACUUGAAGAAUCAGAAUCACAGGUCAGCCAGCUAGGCAAGCUUAAGAUGUCCCUCCAGACACAACUGGAGGAGACCAGGAGGACAGCUGAUGAGGAGAGCAGGGAGCGUGCUGCAGUUAUGGGCAAAUUCAGGAAUCUGGAACACGAACUGGACGGCCUGAAGGAGCAGUUGGAAGAAGAGCAAGAAUCCAAGAACGACCUCCAAAGGCAGCUGAGCAGGGCUAACACCGAGGUCCAGCAGUGGAGAAACAAGUUUGAAAGUGAAGGUCUUGCACGAGUUGAAGAGUUAGAGGAUGCCAAAAACAAGCUUCAAGCUAAACUACAAGAAGCCGAGGAACAUAUCCAACAGGUCAAUGUAAAGUGUAGUGGAUUGGAGAAGGCUAAGUCACGGCUCCAGGGAGAGAUCGAGGACAUGUCUAUUGAGGUGGAUCGGGCUAACAGUCUCGCCGCUACACUAGAGAAGAAACAGAAGUCCUUCGACAAAACGGUAGCAGAAUGGAAGCAGAAGGUGGACGAUCUAUCUGCAGAGCUGGAUGCUUCCCAGAGGGAGUGCAGGGACUACUCCACGGAACUCUUCAAGAUGAGAGCUUCGUACGAGGAGGGUCAGGAGCAGUACGAGGCUGUGAAGAGGGAGAACAAGAACUUACAAGAUGAAAUCAAGGACCUUAUCGACCAACUUGGUGAAGGAGGAAGAAGUGUCCAUGAAUUGGAGAAAUCCAGAAAGAGGCUGGAGAUGGAGAAGGAAGAACUGCAGGCAGCUCUGGAAGAGGCCGAAGCUGCAUUAGAACAGGAAGAGAACAAGGUGCUUCGUGCCCAACUUGAACUUUCUCAGGUCCGCCAGGAGAUCGACCGAAGGAUUCAGGACAAAGAGGAAGAAUUUGAGAACACAAGGAAGAACCACCAGCGAGCCAUCGACUCCAUGCAAGCCAGCCUGGAAGCCGAGUCCAGAGGCAAGGCCGAGGCUCUGCGCAUGAAGAAGAAGCUGGAGAGCGACAUCAAUGAGCUGGAGAUUGCACUUGACCACGCCAACAAGGCCAACUCCGAAGCUCAGAAGAACAUCAAGAGGUAUCAGCAACAGAUCAAGGAACUCCAACAAGCAGUGGAGGAAGAACAGAGAGGACGCGACGAAGCCAGAGAGCAGUAUGCCAUGGCAGAAAGACGCAGCCACGCCCUCCAAGGUGAACUGGAAGAAAGCAGACAGCUCUUGGAACAGGCUGACCGAGGUCGACGCUCAGCAGAAACAGAGCUAGCCGAUGCUCACGAACAGAUGAAUGAACUGUCUGCUAAUUCAGCAUCUCUAUCGAUGGCCAAAAGAAAACUGGAAGGCGAGAUGCAAGCUUUGCAGACCGACUUGGACGAGAUGCUGAACGAGGCUAAGCAGUCUGAAGAGAAGGCCAAGAAGGCCAUGGUGGACGCUGCUCGACUUGCGGACGAACUGAGAGCCGAACAAGAACACGGACAGCAACAAGAGAAGAUGCGAAAAGCGAUGGAAGCUCAGAUGAAGGACCUCCAGAUCCGGCUGGACGAGGCCGAGGCUGCGGCUCUGAAGGGCGGGAAGAAGAUCAUACAGAAGUUGGAACAGAAGGUGCGGGAACUUGAAAAUGAACUAGAAGGUGAACAGCGCCGCCACGCGGACGCUGCCAAGAAUUCCAGAAAGGCAGAGCGUAGAAACAAGGAACUUCAGUUCCAGGCUGAAGAAGACCGUAAAAACCACGAACGUAUGCAAGACUUGGUGGAUAAACUACACCAAAAGAUCAAGACUUACAAGAGACAGAUCGAGGAAGCUGAAGAGAUUGCUGCUUUGAACUUGGCCAAAUUCCGUAAAGUACAGCAAGAACUGGAGGACGCUGAGGAGAGAGCAGACAUGUCAGAAAACGCUCUAGCCAAACUCCGAGCAAGGAACCGUAGCUCAGCCUCAGCUGGCCGGGGAACUAGUCCAGGAGUAAGUUAACCAGAUCCU